AUGAAUAUGAAUUUAUCAAGCAUCAAAGAUAUGUUUAGCACUCCCACAAAAAUGGGGCCUAAUAAACCAUCCAGCUGGACCAGUGUUCCUAGUGAUUGCAAUAGUCUGAGUGACUCUCAAUUUCUUUUUGGUUCCCAGUUUUGUCCAGAGAACUCACAGUCAGCAUCAGCCCCACUUGAAUUUAGUAUUCAGCAAAGACAAGGCAAAAGCUCACAGCAAAAUUCUCAGGAUGUGAGUUGGAUGAGUAAAGCCUCUUUGCUGGAGUUAUACAACCUUUGUCGGUUCACAAGACAAAAUGCCUGUUCAUCAUAUGUGGACCACUCCAAAAGUGACCCAGCUGGUCCCCAGUGCCUUGGACACUGGAUCAUAGAGGCCAUUAAAUUAGCGUACCAGCUAAAUGAGUCCAGUAUUUUUGCUAAAUACCAAUCUAAGCCACAACUCUUUGGAGGAGAUGGAAAGGAAAAGGGCUCACUUAAUUUUCCUGCUGGGAGAUUCAAAGGUGUCUUGGAGCAAUUUGAAGAGAAUAAGAAAAAGAUCAAAGAAAAAUAUGAUAAUGAGGUUUUAAACACUUUUAUUUUGAACACCAAAGAGAGUCUUCAAAGGGAAACUGUUCAGUCCCAUUAUGGAUUGGUAUUGAAUGCUUUGAGAGACAGAAAUGAAAUGGAGCAGACAUUACUAGGAAUGGGAAAGAGUCUGCAAGAUAAAGACACAGAAAUUUCAGCUUUGAAAUCCAGCCUGCAAUUGCUAAGAGAGAGUCUUGAUCAAUUAACAGUUCAGCAGAAUGAGCAGCACCUGAAGCUCUGUGAACAGUUAGGCUACAUGCAACUUCCCAGUCUUUUGUCUGAAUUUCAAACAUUCAUUUCUGCACCCAGAGUACUAAGUCAUUUAAAGGACAGGGAAUCCCAGACUUCUCCAAACAUGCUCUUGACCCAACUACCUUCCAGUCCCCAUCUUAGCCUUUUAAAUAUUCCUGCUGGAAGUAAGGUCAUCGCUACAAUUUCUUCCACACCAGAUAAAGAAAAUGUUGGCACACCACAGAGGAGCCAUAUUAUAGCUGGAUGUCCUGAUGCUGACAAUGUUCUUUGCACCCUCUUCGCCAAUGAAGCUGCAGGUAGCCAUGAGGCAUGCUGGUUACUUACUCAAGAGCCAUGUCAAGCAACUCCAGUGAGGAAAGUGAUCAAGAGGGACAAACAGGUGAAGGGACGUAAUGCUGUUAGACUUUCACAGCUGAACUGGGCUCACAAAGACAGUAUGUUCAUGCAAAAACAUUCAGGUGACCAGAUGAAUGAAAAACUGGGCACAGACAGGAAGAAGCAAAUGUCUCCCCAUGAACCAGAGGUGGCCCAGAGUUCGCCACCCCCUUGGCUUAUCUCACAGUCUGCUGGUACUGGCAAUUGA